AUUCCUUUCCAAUUAAAGUCAACAUUGGGCCAUAAUAAGGCCCAAAUAUUAGGCCCGAUAAUGUUUUUCCUUUUUUCGGUAUGAAAAUGUUUUAAUCCCAGCGUCUGAUAAACGCUGCGCCGGACGUCAAUGUGACGCAGAGAGACCUUUAUAAGUACUUCGUCGCAUUCUCUCUCUUCCGACUCAAUUCGUUUUCCCUCCUCUUCUGCUUACCGGAAAAGUCUAUAUCUCCGACGGACCUUCUUCUCUCUAGUUAAUCAGACCUCGCGCUCGUGAUAAUGGCAACUUUUGGUGCGCCUGCUACCGCCAACAGUAACCCUAACAAAUCCUACGAGGUUACUCCAUCACCGGCAGAUUCUAUUUCGAGCUUAAGUUUUAGUCCAAGAGCUGAUAUACUUGUGGCCACUUCAUGGGACAAUCAGGUGAGGUGUUGGGAAAUAUCCCGUAGUGGAGCCUCUCUAGCCAGUGCUCCUAAAGCAUCAAUAUCACAUGAUCAGCCGGUUUUAUGUUCUGCUUGGAAAGAUGAUGGAACCACAGUCUUUAGCGGUGGAUGUGAUAAGCAAGCAAAAAUGUGGCCCUUGUUGUCUGGUGGUCAACCUGUAACUGUUGCUAUGCAUGAGGGUCCUAUCGCAGCUAUGGCUUGGAUCCCGGGAAUGAAUCUCCUUGCAACUGGAAGUUGGGAUAAAACUUUGAAAUAUUGGGACACAAGACAGCAAAAUCCUGUACAUACCCAACAGCUUCCAGACAAAUGUUAUACAUUGUCUGUGAAACAUCCUCUGAUGGUUGUCGGGACUGCCGAUAGAAAUCUGAUAGUCUUCAACUUGCAAAAUCCUCAGACUGAGUUUAAGAGAAUCCAAUCCCCACUGAAGUACCAGACGAGGUGUGUUACUGCCUUCCCUGAUCAGCAAGGUUUUUUGGUUGGUUCAAUUGAGGGGCGGGUUGGUGUUCAUCAUCUGGAUGAUUCUCAACAGAGCAAAAACUUCACAUUCAAAUGCCACAGAGAUGGAAAUGAUAUAUAUUCUGUCAACUCUCUGAAUUUCCACCCGGUACAUGGCACUUUUGCAACUGCUGGGUCAGAUGGUGCUUUCAAUUUCUGGGACAAAGAUAGUAAACAAAGACUCAAGGCCAUGUCGAGGUGCAAUCAGCCAAUUCCAUGCAGCUCGUUCAACCACGAUGGAUCGAUAUAUGCAUAUGCGGCUUGCUAUGACUGGAGCAAAGGUGCAGAAAAUCACAACCCGGCGACUGCAAAAAGCAGCAUUUUCUUGCACCUGCCACAGGAAAGCGAGGUUAAGGCCAAGCCAAGAGUUGGAGCAACCGGCAGAAAAUGAGCGUUGCUUAGUCUGAUUUCUUCGCUAGUGAUUUUUUUUUUUUUUUUAGCUUGUGGACUUCGUUGGGCUUUGUUAUCUACUUUAGUUCAUGACAUUUUGAAUAUACAUUAGGAGUCUUGUCUAAAAGACUAAAAGUAAAUCUCUAAUGUUUCUAGUUGGGCCUAAUUUGGAACCAUCUCGUCUCAUACCUCUUUCGUUUCAUCAUACUAAGGAAAUCUUUUUUUCUUAUCAAGAAUUUAUUUUAGUACAUCUGAUUCCAUAGUUAAACUUUAGUUAUUUUAAUA